AAAAAAUAAAGUUAAGGCUCCGGAAGCAGUAGCCAUUACUUCCGUGAGGGACUUGUGUGCCUGGGGUGUGUGCUACGGGGUGCAUUUUGUGUUUGAAAUAGGAGGUACGCCAUGUCCCGUGGGUCCAGCGCCGGUUUUGACCGCCACAUUACUAUUUUCUCUCCUGAGGGCCGACUCUACCAAGUAGAAUAUGCUUUUAAGGCUAUUAACCAGGGUGGACUCACAUCUGUGGCUGUCAGAGGAAAAGACUGUGCAGUAAUUGUCACACAGAAGAAAGUACCCGACAAAUUACUGGAUUCCAGCACAGUGACCCACUUGUUCAAGAUAACCGAGAACAUUGGCUGUGUGAUGACUGGGAUGACAGCUGACAGCAGAUCCCAGGUACAGAGGGCACGCUAUGAGGCAGCUAACUGGAAAUACAAGUACGGCUAUGAGAUUCCUGUGGAUAUGCUGUGUAAAAGAAUCGCUGAUAUUUCUCAGGUCUACACACAGAAUGCGGAGAUGAGGCCGCUCGGUUGUUGUAUGAUUUUAAUUGGUAUCGAUGAAGAACAAGGUCCUCAAGUGUACAAGUGUGACCCUGCAGGCUACUACUGUGGCUUUAAAGCUACCGCAGCAGGUCAAACAGAGUCAACCAGCUUCCUCGAAAAAAAAGUGAAGAAGAAAUUUGAUUGGACAUUUGAACAAACAGUGGAAACUGCAAUCACAUGCCUGUCUACUGUUCUGUCGAUUGACUUCAAGCCUUCAGAAAUAGAAGUUGGAGUAGUUACAGUCGAAAAUCCUAAAUUCAGGAUUCUCUCAGAAGCAGAGAUAGACGCUCACCUUGUUGCUCUAGCAGAGAGAGACUGAACGUUGUCAUCACUUUACCAAAUCCAUGAUGCCACUUGCCUGUGUGUUUGGUGACAGCAAACCAACAUCACAGAGGCCCCUGGGUUGAAGAUGGAACCUCUCCCACUCCUCCUGCCACUGAGCUGGUUAGGACUGUAUAAAUAAAACUGCUUUUGGAAAAAAA